GCUUACCGCGGUCACCUGCUGCAGCGGAGCGGAGUGAGGCAGUGAGUGGGUGAGAUGAGCUGAGGCGCCCGGGGCUGCUGAGGGGACGCUGACUGGACGAACCGCUCUGCUCUCCGCACACCGCACACCGCACACCGGACACGGUUCCAGGAUGAAGCCCGGUAUGAGCUCACAGGACGGACAGCUUCGGAGCACACAGCGGCCGCAGUCCGCCGCUGGCACCGUUUUUUGAAACCCACAAACCGCAGUUUAGGGGCGACAGCGGACGAAUAGUCGUUAGCGGGCACCGACACCUCCGGCUCACCUCACCGGGCGAUGGAGGACCACCGCUAGUGGGCAGAGACCGAGGGCUCGGCCGGAAUUUCGCCAAAAUUACGACGGGAAUCAGAUACAGCUCCCUGUCUCCCGGUACCGGGGGAGACCACCGGCCGCUCGUGAUGUCUCGUGCCAAGGAGCGGCUGAAAGGCGGGAAGGAGACGAAGGACAGCGUCACUCUGCUGCCGUGCUUUUAUUUUGUAGAGCUCCCCAUCCUGGCCUCCUCUGUCGUCAGUCUUUACUUCCUGGAGCUGACGGAUAUUUUCCAGCCGGUGCAUUCUGGGUACACCUGUAAUGACCGCAGCCUGUCUCUGCCCUACAUCCUGCCCCGGCAGGAAGUCUGCCCACUGCCUCUGCUCUUCAGCUUGGCCUUCGCUGCUCCGACCGUCACCAUUCUGAUAGGAGAGGCCAUCCUGUACUGCUACCUGUCCAGGAGGUCAUCAGCCACACAGACUGAGGCCAACAUCAACGCUGCCGGCUGUAAUUUCAACUCCUACAUUCGCAGGGCUGUACGCUUCAUAGGCGUCCACAUCUUCGGUCUGUGUGUGACGGCGCUGAUCACCGACAUCCUUCAGCUGUCCACCGGUCAACACACCCCCUACUGGCUGGAUGUGUGCAAACCCAACUUAACCCACAUUAACAUGUCCACAUGUGACGAAGCUUUUAUUCUGGAGGAUAUCUGUGCUGGACAGGACGUAGGGCUCAUCACUGCUGGGAGGAAGUCUUUCCCCUCCCAGCAUGCUACUCUGGCUGCCUUUGCUGCUGUCUACAUCUCAAUGUACUUCAACACGGUGCUGACGGACUCAGCCAAGCUGCUGAAGCCUCUGCUGGUGUUCUCCUUCGUCAUGCUGGCCAUCCUGGCCGGGUUAACCAGGAUCAUCCCGUUCAGAAACCACCCCUGUUUGCCGUCUACUGUGGGAUGGCUGCUGGGAGCUGCCAUCGCUGUUUACCAGGGCGUCUACGCUGUGGGAAACUUCCAGCCGAGUGAAGAUCGCUCCAGAAGUCGACCUCCUCCACCGAUACUGAGAGAGCCGCCGCUGUCCUCUCUGCCCAACGUCAGCCAAUCAGCAGCCUCCAACAGCCACCAGUUCACCCUCACUCUGGCUCCCAGCCAACCAGAGCCCAUCAUCACCAGGACCUCCUCCCACGCCAUCUCCGCCGAACCGCUGCCCAUCCUGACUCGGAGCGCCUCCUACCGAGAGCCGUCCAUGACCAUGAAGAGAGCCAGCGCCGAGGUGGAGGUCAUCAGUCCGUCCAGUCCUGGAAACCGCGACAACAUGAUGAGCUUCAGCAGCAGCACUCUGCCCAGGUCUCAUGGAGGUUCCUCUCUGGAGGAGGGCCGUAUUCCACGGCGUCACGCCUCCAUCCACGCCUCCAUGGACUCCACCCGCUCCAAACAGCUCCUCAGCCAGUGGAAGAACAAGAACGACAACAGGAAGCUUUCUCUGCAGGUGAUGGAUGGAAUAAGGCCGGCCUCCUCCUCGUCUCCUCAGAGGAACAUGGAACUUCGUUGCUCCUCCGAACCGUCCGCCAUGGGCCUGGAGGCGGAGCUCCGCGGUGGGACCCACCUGCCUAUAGUCAUAGCCCAGGAGGCAGAGCUGCGUGCUGGAGCCCACAUCCCAGCUCAGUACAUGAAGCUAGCAGCUAGCUCCGUCCCCAUGUCCAACCACAAUCACAUGGUUCAUAACGGCAGCACCGGAUUGGCCGGUGGGGCCAGAGUGUCCAUCCAGUCCCGGCCCGGAUCCUCCCAGCUAGUUCACAUUCCCGAGGAGGAGAACCCCACCAGCAAGGACCAGGAGAGCGAAUCAGAGGACAGCAUCAUGGAUGGAGGCGGGUCAGUGAGGGAAAAAUGGCUGAGAGUGGCUGAGAAGACGACCAUCCCCUGCAGGCCGCUGAGCGCUGGAGGUCAGCCUCGUCUCAUGCAGGUGAUAGCCUUAUCCAAACAGCAGGGUCUGCUUCACUCGCCCCGGUCUGAGGACGGCGGCAGCACCGUCAGCUGCACAGGAUCCAUCCGGUACCGAGCUCUGACGGACCAGGACCCGUCUCCACCCGCCUCCACCACCGGAGCCGUGGGAGGAGGAGGAGGAGGUUUGGAAAGAACCGGGAGUAUCGUCCGUGUUGAAGCCCACCCAGAGGCCAGAUCAAACAAACCAGUCGUGAAACCUCCGAGCACUGACGGCAGCGGGUCCUGGCGAUGGAAACCACCAGAACAACGAGCGUCCCUCCGACAGUCAGCUUUCAACCUCAACGACCUGAACAGAUACACAGACAGCUGUGAUUCCCUGAGGGAUGGCGGGUCGGUGGAUGGAAGGCGGAGCGUAGCAGGGACCGAAUCAGAGAGUGAAGGAGGUGGGGAAGGAGGGGGAGGAGGAGGAGGAGGCGGAGGCGUUUACACCAACCAUCCACAUGUUGUUCACCCUCUACACCCCUUACAUCCAAAUAAUCCCAACAAUUUCCAGCACCCUGGUUUUAAUCCCAACAAUCCCAAUCAUCCCAACAAUCCUAACUUCAACAACGUUCACCCCAACUUUAACCCCAAUGGUACCAACUCCAACAUGCCGUUUACCCCCACCCCCACCUUUGCCCCUCCCUUCCACCCCCACCCUCAGGCCAUCACCACCAUCAGGGUUACCCCGGUGGAGGGGACGGCCGCCAGCAGCGACGGCGGCUCAGACUGCCAGUCGGUGGCCUCGUCCAGCCGCGAGUCCACCCUGAGGAGGAAGAGCGGCGGCAACGUGGUCCACGUCCCCGACCGAGGGCCCACCCCCGACCUCCACAACAAUCACCGCAUGUGUGACGACGGCAACCGACUCGAUAACGAGAGCAGCAACCGCUUUCACGAAAACCUCCGAAGUUUUCAAGAGAACCCCAUCCUCCCCAAUCACCCCAACCUCCCCAACAGGCAGCUGCAGGGGAUGUUUGGCCGUCCGAGCCCAACUCCGCCCCCUACCUUACCCCGACCAAUCCUGACUCACACCCCUCCUCCCACCCUGGGGCUGGCUUAUAAAGAAUGACGGUGUUAAGGUCAUUCAUCUACACCUGUGGUAAACAAAUUUGUCCUACUUAACCAGUGCAAACGCUGCUGGAGCCAAAAUCACUCCACUCUAUUGGACUGAAAACUAAAAUUGAGAUAAAUCCAUUUUCCACCCAGGGUUAGCUAAUGGUGAAUGGCCAAAAAUGUGUUAGUCACACCUAAAACAUCUCAACCAGCCAGUCUGGACAGAAUAUACGAGUCCCAGCUGGUUUUCACCCCGCUGAAUAUGUGUACUGUAAGAGUCUCAGAUCCCAUCAGCAGCAGGUUGGAGAUCCACAGCUUCAGACGUCCCUGAUGGUAAUCUCCAACUGGUGACUAAGGGGAGACUACAGUGAGUUUGAUUCAACAUUUUUUCUGUGUCUUUAUAUUUAUUUACGUAUUUUUAUCAUGGACUUCUGGGCAAGCCAGAAAAUCUUUUGUAAAUCUAACAAAUUGAGUGCACUUGCUUCAUAGGCACAAGGACAAUGGGCUAAAUAAAGCGCUGAGCCUUUGAAUCGCUGGUCAGGAGAGACUCCAGCCUCCGGUCUGUCCUUUAUCUCCCUGCCAGUGAGGAUGGAUUCAGCCUAAUGACUCUUUUCCUGUUUCUCCGGCUGCACGGUCGGAACCACGUCUCCAACAUUUAUCCAUAUACUCCAGCUUUCACCCUGUCGUCACACAGGUAACACGUCUAUAUAUGGACUUUACAGCGUGACCACACGCCCUUAGAAGGAAGUUUUCCAUCCAGAGCCCAUAACUGUGAUGUGUUUGUACAUAUGGGUGUGGGUGGCCACGAGGGAAAUCAAACCCGCGGCCCUAAUUGUGUCUGGGCUACGAGGAGUCCCUUCUGGGCGAUAACAGUAUCUCUUAGUUGGUGGUGGUUUUGUGUUUGUGUUGGAUAACAAUAUCAUGGGGCAUAUAUUGUGUUUAAAUAUAGUAAAAACUCUCUUUUCUACAUGCUGUGUUUCAAUGAUGUGCAGUUUAUGAAUUAUCCUGGCUGUGUAGUAGCUGUACCGUACACCAAACGUGCAGCAUGUUCGUCACAUCCAAAGACCCAACCAAACCCAAUGUUUACUUUUUUUAUUUUAACUAACUCAUUAUUUCAAUGCUUUAGUAUUAGGACCACUGUUGAAAACUAAAAUGGAAUAUUUGGAGAAUAAAACGGUGAUAAAAUGGAGAAAAAGAGUUUAAAAUGUCACUAAUUAUAAGUUCAAAAAAGAUCGCUGUAAAUAAUAAAAUAGAUAUCAUAGUCAUAAUUUAAGUAGUAAAUCAUAUUUAAAACACAGUGUAAUUAUAAAACCAGUGCAAUAUAAGAAGAAAAUCCUAGAGUUAAAAAUAAAUUUGCACAGACAAAACUGUCCAAAGAAAAAAGUUCUAAAAGUUUUACUCGACAAUAAUAAUAUUAAUAAUAUUGCAAAGAUAUAAAGAUUAUUUUAAUGUGUGGCUCAAACUGAAUUUAAUGUAAUUUAUGCAAUGUAAAAUCUGCUAAAAAAGUAGAUAUUUCAGGAGAAAUGUUAUAAUUUACAAGAAUGAAGUAUUACAAAGUAAAAGUGAAAUUUAACAGUAAAAAUAGGUAAUAAUGUUCCAUGUCUUUAUUUAUGAGGAAAAAUAACAUUACUAUUAAUAAAGCUGCAAUUUUAUAAAGGAAAAUCAGAUAUCAUUACAAUAAUGUCUUUAUUUUGAGAAAAACAUCAUAAAAAUAAUAUUUAACGUGAUUUAUUUUGAAAAUGUCUGUAAAAGUAUGAUGUAAUCACCAGUUUAUUCCCCAGAGUGUUUUCCUGCUCUUACAGUGGUCCUACUGCUCCAGAACUUACUUUAAAACGACGUCUUUAGUAUUUUGCAUGUGUGGUUGAAUUCAUGAGGUCAUUCUGACAUUUUACUGACGUUGGAGGUUAAAAAACAGAUUUUUUUUACCUUUUAAAAUAAUGUAUAAAUCUCCUGUUAACAGACUGUCCGACGUAUUUUAGCCCAGUGUUUACAUUCUUUAUUUCUUAGUGCCCAAGUGCCAUCGGAGGGAAAGCGUUGUGGCUGUGGGCUGUUAGAGCAGGAAUAAUGUCUGCAUGGAGCAGAAUUAUAGAAAGCACAAUCACUGCAGCUCUGAGGUGGACGUUAGCAGCUGUAGACGUCUGUGAUCUCUGAGUGCUGACGCUUUCUGCUCAGAUGUCGUCUGUCGGUGCAGGAAGGUGGUGAAGAUUUAGCUGAUGGUGGAGAUGAUGAUGCUAAAAGAGCGGUCACUGUGCUGAGAUGCUUUCAGUGGUGGAAUAUAUCCCAAAAUGUCAGCUGUCAGUAGAGGACAUAUUGUGGCCAAACAGGCUAAAAUACAUCAAAGGUGUAUCGCUGAAUGUGUCAGAUGUUUUGAGUUGCUCUUCGACGACAGAUGACCUUUUCCAGGUAACAAGAAAGCUCAGAAAAUAAGAUGUCGAGCUUUUAAGAAGACCCUGACAGGUCGACAACAAACUCUGUUUGAUUGAAAGCGUGGCAGAAGGUAUCAGAGCCCGUUGUUGUGAGUUUUGGUCAUUCUUAUUGAGUUCAGCAGAAAGCAUGCAGAGAACAGGCUGAAGCUGCUGUGAACGUUUGGAGGAGUAUAAACGUUGUAGAGCCUCGUUAUCACUUUAUCCAGGAGUACUGAGGAUCUAACAAAGCUGCAGGUGAAACAAAUGUGGCUGAUUUCAAUUAAAAAGAGAUCAAAUGUUUAAAAGAGACUGACAGAAGGAGGCCAUCCUAGAUGAAGCUGAAGGACCGAACUGAUGAGAGUUUUAAACAACACGAGACCAUAUUUUAAUAUAGAUGUUAGAAUAUUUUCAUGUAGUUCUGAUUUGGAGCUCAGCUUAUGAUAAUUAUGUGCCAAAAUCUUUGAGAUGGUGCCACAAAAAAGCAGCACAAUCACUUAUUUAUGUUAGAAGGUUUAUACCUGUAUGCAGAAAUCGUAUUUAUUAGAAUUUACUGUGAAAGUCCAGGCUGAGGAGCAGUUCUUCUACCUAAUGAAUAACGGUGUAUGAUGGACCAGCACUGUCUGUGAAACUCAAAACUGUGUUUUUAAGUUAAGACUGCACAGUUUGAUUUAGGAUAUUGACCACAUUAUUGUUAUUUUAGUGAAAUUUGUCAAGUUUUCAGUAAAUAAGGCAGAAUUUGACCACAUUUCAAGAGUUUUAAAAAGGUCAUAAAAGAACAUGGUUGUUUCCCGACAAAACUGCUUCCAGUCACAUUUAAAGACUGGUCAGAAUUAAAAACACCAACAGAGUGAUGGAGAGGAUCCUGGUGGGUUCAGACUGAUAGCUGGUGGACAGUGAAUCUUCCAGUGAUGGACUUUAAAUACUGUAAAGUUCAUUAGAAUUUCUGACUGGAAGCAGCUUCACCUCCACAGUCUGUAACACAAAAACUGCAGUCGGUUCUUCUCCUGAGAUGUUUUAUUUUUAAAUCUCCGCAGCCUUGUUUUAGUGGAGGAAGAACUCUGGAUUUAAAGGUCAAAGGACAGCUAGAUGUACAAGUAGAAGCUUUUAACAACAUUUAGUUCAUUUUUCCACAUACAGAGAGUCUUUAUUCCCAUUUCACCGUUUAAUUGUCUGCACAUAACACAAACCUGAACCAAAGCUGCUUCACCUGCCUGAGCAAUUUACAGAUAUUUUAUCAAGACAUACAGAUGUAGAUGUCAGGAUACAGAUGUGAUAUUAAUGAAGAACAAAUCUGGAGGAAUGUAAAGAUCAGAAGAAUAAAGCAGAACACAUUUCCAGCUCAUGCUCUUUGUAUGACUGAAAACUGAAAGAGUAAAACUGUAAGAAGUUUAUUUUAAUAUGAUAGAUGAGCUGUUAGCUGGUCUGGUGUUAAAGGCAUCUCAGUGGACAAGAAGUUCAGAUAAAUAUAUGAAAGUGAAUGUUUUAGUUUCAACACCAGUAGUUUUCUGUACUUUCAGCAGAUGGAGGGAGUGGAAAUGAGGAAUAGAUUUUUUUAUGAUUUGUGUUUGCCACCCAGGGCCGGCCCUAGAACUUUGGUGGCCCUAAGCAAGAUUUUUUUGUGGCCCCAAAACAUGCACAGGGCAACUACCAAAUCACGUGCACAGCUUGUAAUUAGGUUAAAACACACAUGCACAUGAUUAACAGCAAAUAUUUAUUUUUUAAAAAAUGUAUCCUUGACAGGGACAAAAUGCGAAUCACACACUUAUUGUGGUGUGGCCCCCUCUAGUGGAUGUGGCUAUAAACAAUGGCAUAGAGUGUUUAUGCCAGCGGCCGGCCCUGUUGCCACCUUUGGAUUAUUCCUCCUUUAGAAAUGCAUUAAGUCAGUUUUUUAGUAUUAGAAAAGCCUUACAGCAUAUUUAUGUUCUUAAUCUAUUAAAUGGCCUCAUCUGAUGUAUUUUUAUUGCAUGUAUUUUUGUUUAUUUUUUAACAUGGCAGAGUAGUUUUCCAUUUUCAGUUAAGAAGUGAUGGUUACGUACGAGAAAGAUGUGAUUUAAAGCCCCGAACAUAUCAUCCACUGGCUGCAUCUGGCCGGAACAGAAGAAGAGGAGGUUCACUGUAACGUCCAAACGGUUUUAAAUAAGUAUAGUGAUUUUAUGGACUCUCCCCUUUAAUGUGAGAGAGUUUUACCGGCAGAAUGUCGCUGUGCCUGAUCAUUACUGUGCUGAUUUAUCCACAGGAGCCCACUCUUUAUGUACUGUUCAUGCUUAUAACUGUGUAGUAAUGAUGCUAAUAAUUCUAGUAGUAAUAUUGGAUUUGCUUGAAAAUGAGUAGUGUAGUGUAUUAAAACCAGAUAUAUCGUUUAGACGAAUAUUCCACCUGUGCGCCUCCACAGUGGAGAGAUCCCAGCCAGAACUUUGCUAGCUAGCUGCAGUUUUAAAUUAAACUUGAAUGCAGGCAUGUGGACACCUCUGAGCUGUUUGUGCGGUUUGGUGUUGCGUUCAGGGCACGUGUACAGGUAGUGGUGGUAAACCGGUUAGAACGAAGCAGCGGUUUGUUAGCGUCGAUGCUCGGUGUUGUUUGUCGUGCUAGCAGCUAGCAGCUAGCCUUCUGAUACUACCUAUUGUUACUCAUCCCACCACCUGCUGGUUACAGGAUGUUCAUAGAUUCAACCAGCUGUCCUAAAAAGGUCAAAUAGAAUGAAUGUGAAUGAUCCACAACAAGCUGUUUAAUAACUAUCAUAUUUAUAAUAAUCAGUGUUAUUUUCGUCUUUUUCUUUCACUGAAUCUCUAUUGAUAUAAUACAGUAUAUAGAUAUUUUUUGAUUAGUGUAUGUGAACAAGAGCUUUUUAUCUCUGCUCGUCCAGUUUGUUUUUAAUUACCGUGGCAACCACUCAGAUGAGUGGAUGGUCGGUUUAUCUUAUAGUCAGGCCUGUAACUCGCCAAGAAGGAAAUCUGUUGGAGUCCAUUUUUUUGAAUCUCUGUGUUGGACAAAGGUUCAGCUGAACACUGUGCAGAAGUGUUCUGCCAUCAUCCCUGUUUUUAAACCAUAAUGGCCCUUACUAGGCAGGAGAAUUUUUACUGGAGUGGUCCUGUGUUCCAUUAAGUUUCCAUUGUGGUGAUGGAUCUGGCAGAAUUCCUGCAACAAAACAGUUAAAGCAAUAGCUGCUGGAUGUAGCUGUGGUUGUUGACGAUGAUGUUAGAGAGAAGAGAGUCCUACUGGAUGAGGACUUUGUAAGGGCAGAAGAACCACCCUAGUGUUGGUUCUUCUGCUGGCUUAACCAAUCAGGGGCACUUCUUGCAGUCGAAACACACUCAAAAGUUUGUGCCGCUCCAAGUUCCGUCAAUUGAAAACGGCCUAUUGAGAUUGACUAGAGACACUUUUUGUUUCUAAUGUAAACAGCAUGCUGACAGAUAGUAGAUAGUAGCUGGCAGAUCAUAAGAGUCAGUUUAUGGUCUGUCCAGGAGGUGUGACUUCACAGAGAUUAAUGCCUGAUUGAACCGGUCCAUCCAGGGACAGAACACAUGGCAGAACUCUACCAAAUGAUGCAUGUCUGUGUCUGAUAGUCUCAACACUGGAGUUUAUGGUUAGCCUAGCUUAGCUUAAAGGAGACAAAAACAGCUGGUUGGAGUUUCUAAAUACACUGAUGAACGUCUCUACGCUGACGACCUAACUCUAUACAGUGUGAAUUUUCCUGGAGAGUUACAAGCUUGAACAGUUCUUUUAAAAAUAAGUGCAUUUCCCACAGUGCUGCUGGGCUGUCACCAUAUUACAGGAAUGUACAAAAACACAUUAUAUAUUAUUUCACAACACAAGUCCAACUGGAUCUCAAAUGAGCGGUUCCAAAAUAUUAGAAUGCUGUAAAAAAACGUCUUAUUGGAUACUUGAUGUAGGUUUUGUUUUUUCUAUCAGAUUUAUAAUCAGUUGAAGAUAUGAGCUACUAGCUGUUUUUAAUGAUCGACGACGGUAUCGGUUUCCUGUUUCUAUUGCUGUACAUAGACAUUUGUAUCUUUAUACUCAUUAGUAUAUCCUGUAUGUGAACCCAGACUGAAGCUUUGGGUUGUUAGCUCAGUGGAAAUGCUAAUGUUUAGCAUAGACUACAAGACUUUUCCAGCCAGCCUGGAGUCAGUCCACCUUCAAAUCCCUCCAUUCAAGACGCCAGUGUUCAGUCUGACGGACAGUGAUUUUGGUCUUUUCUUCCAUUUUCACUUCAUUUCUAGGUUUUAGUGGACUGAAUCCAGGCCUGGCUUCUGUUUAGUGCAAGACUUACAUUUUAAUAGAAAGUGGUCCUAAAAAAAGCUGCUGUCACGUGAAAACCUUGGUACUCCAGUUAAAGUGUAAUUAUCCACAUUGUUUCAUAAUUCAUGGUUUCAUUUUUAAAAAUGUCUAUUUGUGUACACACACACCUGUUAACCCUGAACGCCUGAGAGGUUCUAUUUUUGGAGGUUUGAGGUUUGGGAGAUGUCAUUCUGAUGGUUUACGCUGACAUCUGCUCCAGUGGAUGAGGGUUAGUGUUCUCUGAGCAAUAUAUGAGAGAUCCAAGGAAAUAUCAGAAAUAGCUGAAGAUGAAGGACAAAAAGCAGACAGUAAAUGUCAUCUGAUUGACUUCCUGAGUAUUUAUGGAGUUCAGUAUCUGUGUGGUCACGCCUCAUGGCUUUGUUUACAUGUACACGUCACUGUUUGCUGUACUGUACUUACUGUAUGGUUUAUUUCACCGGAUGUAGACUUUGGGUAUAAACCUGCCUCUAACUGCCCAUUUUAUGCAGCUUUUCCUCCCCUAAUGCUUCUGUCACUGUUUCCUUUCACAUCAUGCAGUAGAACUUUCCUGCUUGGCUCUUUCUAUAAACGGUUGCAAAGAUCUACACAGAAUCUGUUAACUUUUGGGGUCUGAUGGAGCAGUUUUUGCAGUCGUGGACAAAGUUUCAUUCUCCAAGUACGUUCCACUCAAAUGUCAUUACUUUGAAGGAGCACCAUCCCUGCAUCCUGGGCUAGAAACUCUGUGAUCGGGUUAGAACAAUAGAGAAAGGUACGGCUACGAUUACAGCAACUCCAACCAGAACACAUUUUAGGGUGGAAGGAAACGGAGACAUUAUCACAUAUUAAUGACUUACUAUUGCAAAACUGAGAAGGAAAGUUAAGGUGGUUUGGACUUCGUGACUACAGCAGAUUCCUGAAGUUCUAGCAGUGGUAAAAAUCAGGAAAACUUAACAGAUACUACCGUUCAAAAGUUCACCUAGACGAUUUCAUGUUUUCCAUUAAACUCCCACUUUUAUCCAUGUGCUAACAUAACUGCUUAAGGGUUUUCUAACCAUCAAUGAGCCUUUCAGCACCAUUAGCUAACACAAUGUAGCAUUAGAACACAGGAGUGAUGGUUGCUGGAAAUGUUCCUCUGUACCCCUAUGGAGAUAUUCCAUUAAAAAUCAGCUGUUUACAGCUACAAUAGUCAUUUACCACAUUAACUAUGUCUGCACUGGAUUUAUUAUUCAUUUAAUGUUAACUUCAUUGAAAAAAAAUGCUUUUCUUUCAAAAAUAAGGGCAUUUCUAAGUGUCUCCAGUCUUUUAAAUGGUGUAGUGUAUGUUUCUGUGUAAUUUGAGACACUCUCGAAGAUUUGAAAAUAUUGGCUCAUCACACGCUGCAGGACAUUAUUGUAAGAUUAUUGAGCCAGAGGGAGCCGCUGCGUGAUCUAAUUGGGAAGCAAAUAAAAACAAAAAUGGAGACCAGGGUGCAACAACUUGCUGUUCAGCUAAAAAUAUAGUGAGAAACAGACAGAAACAGAAGGUUGAACAAUGAAAAUGGUUGGGAAGAUACAGCCAAAAACGGUGUGAUUUCAGCUGUUUUAAUCAGCUUCAAUGUCUUUAGCUAGCAUUAGCCUGGAGGAAUGCUGUGUGGUAACCAUUUAGAGUUUCAGAAGGUUUAAUACUGGAUCUGGAAGCUUCUCACAUUAGCAAAUAAUCUGGGAAAAAACAUCAAGAUCUCAGUCUUUGCUGCAAGAACUGUGGUGUGAGGUUUCCAUAGCAGUGUGGGAUCUGACAGCAUUAUCUCUAGAGAAUGGAACCAUGGAGGCUCUGUUAGCUUAUAUGGUGAAUUUACAUUGAAGGCGAUGAUGUUACAAUGGAGAAGACUGCUGCUGGAUGAAGACAUAUAGAGGGUAGAAAUUCAGCACUUAUUCUGUCUUGAAUUUAACCGAUUAGCUCCUGUAGUCUGAGCCCAACGUUUCAGUUUCAGACUCCGUAAAGACGGCCGGAGGGUCAGCGGGAGCAAUGUGAACCCUUAGCCUGCAUUAUUCAGAGAUCUUUUCUCAUAAUUAUGAAACACAGAUCUCGUAGCUCUGAGAGAGCUCUUUGUGAGUGGAACACUUCCAUCCUUACAGGCGAACCCCCCCCCCCCCCUCCCCGCCUCCAAAGAACUACUGUGCUUCAAGCUGUGCAGAAGCUGUCGAGUUAGCUUUAUUAUUCAGUGCAUCAAGAGCAAGCAGGAAAGUUCCUCAAGCAUCUUUUGCCUAUUUUGAUUCCAGUGUUAUUAUCAAGCUUUUUUUUUGUUUUAAAUUUCAUGUUUCAGUCCCUACAGAUAAUGUGUACAUGUAAAGACAGCUACUGAAGCCAUCUCAUCCGUUCUGUGACUGAAACUCUCAACUCUUCACAUGAAAACCAACAGUGACUUGCAGUGGGACUUGUUCCUGAGAGUUCUGGAACCAGCAGGACUCUGGAGGACGAGCUGCAGAGUGGAUGAGUGAACCGAGUGACUAAUGGACUGAACAGACGGAACAACAGUGUACCGAUAAUGACAGACAUCCUAAAGUUUCUGUUUUCCAGUGGUGUCUCUGUGACAAAUAAAGGUUUGAUAUCAA